CUUUUGGGUUAUGGUGAAAGAAACUAUUGCUGUGUUAUUGUUUGGUUUAGUUUGAAAUUGUGAGGUUCAUCGUUCAGAAGCUAUACCAAGCUUACAAAGGAACACGAAUUCAAAGUUUGGAUGUAUGAAAGUUAUCGAGCAUGCUAAAGUUUGGCAGGAGGCACGGAAAAAUCCUGCAAAUGGUAAAAGCCCAAUAGUCUCACCUGUGAGGCUGGGUGAGUCUGGCCACUCGCUUAAUUGCAAGAGAAAUUACUAUCUACCUUGGCAACUGUAAAAGUCCAGUAGUCUUACCUCACAAGAAAUAACUGCCUUAAUUGAUUUGAUUUGCAUUGGCACCAGGGUUGGUAUUCAAGUAUGUCGUCUGGGCUUUUACGGGCAGAUAGAGAAGAUAGGGGAUCAGGGACAUUAAUGUACAAGGAAAUCUAUAAGAAGGGCUGUGACACAUGAUUAGUUGAGAAGUCUAUUAAGGAAGUGUCUUUUCUUUAGGGUUUCAAGUCGCUGAGUCCCAGGGAUCAAAUGCUUAUUAGGUCACCCAAGUUUGAGCUGAAAAAUCGUGCAAACGGUAAAAGCCCAAGAGUUUCACCUGUGAGGCUGGGUGAGUCUGGCAACUCGCUUAAUUGCCAGAGGAAUUACUGCCUACCUUGGCAACUGUAAAAGUCCAGUAGUCUUACCUCACAUGAAUAACUACCUUACCUGAUUUGAUUUGCAUUGGCACCAGGGUUUGUAUUCAAGUACGUUGUCUGGGCUUUUACGGGCAGAGAGAGAAGAUAGGGGAUCAGGAACUUUAAUGUAUAAGGAAAUCUACAAGAAGGGCUGUGACACAUGAUUAGUUGAGAAAUCUAUUAAGGAAGUGCCUUUUCUUUAGGGUUUCAAGUCGCUGAGUCCAGGGAUCAAAUGCUUAUUAGGACACCCAAAUUUGAGCUCAGGUUUGGAGAAAUUCAUCACCAAGUAAUUUGCAAUGGUUGCGGGUAGGUGCUUCUGAUGACCUGGAGAUUGAUUAUACCUAACGGUAGAAGGAAUCGCCUCUCCCCUACUACUGGCAACAGGCCAGUAUUAUCACCUGUGCAUACUCGUCAAGACUGCUUGCCACCUAAGAUACUUGGAGUGGACAAGAAUGCUAGCCAGCGUGAAAUUCAGAAAGCAUUCCACAAGCUUUCCUUGAAGUAUCAUCCUGAUAAGAAUACGGAUAAGAAUGCCCAGGCAAAGUUUUCUGAGAUAAAUAAUGCAUAUGAGACUCUCUCGGAUGAGGAGAAAAGGAAGAACUAUGACAUGUUUGGUGAUGAAAAAGGCAAUCCAAGGCCUGAAGGCCCCGGAUUUGGUAAUUCUGGAUAUGGGUCUAGCAACUUCAAUUUUGGUGGACAAAAUGGUCAGCACUUCACCUUCCAGCAGGGUAGAUCUCAAUCAGGGAGUGGAAAAAAGGGUUUCAAGCAUUUCCCGUUCCCUUUUGGGGGUUCUAGUAGGGAAGGUGGACAUUCUUUCACAUAUGACAUUGGUGGAUCCAACUUCAUGGGAGACAUAUUCUCAAACAUUUUUGGCUCUCCAAAGACUGACCAAAGAAAUUGGAACCCAUUUGGAGGCUUUGCUGGUCCACAGGGACAAGCAAAAAGUAGCUAUUCUCAGAACUCUCAGCAGAUUCUAGUUCUCGAUUCCAAAAAUUUUAAAGAGAGAGUUUUAGAUCAACGAAUGACUUGGUUGUUGAUGUUUUACACUCCAUCAUCAAAAGGCUACCAAGAGUUGGAGGCAAUUCUGGAUCAGGUUUCCAACCCAUUACAAGGAAUAGUAAAGGUUGGUGCCAUCAAUUGCCAUAGUCAACAAAAAUUAUGCAAAGAGCAAAGUGCUUUUCCCCAGAAAACAGCAAAACUAUUUGUAUACUCAAUUAGAAGCAACGGGAAAGGCUCUUUGCUAGAAUAUAAUGGUGAUUGGAAUGCAAAGGAUGUGAAAAACUACUGUAUAGAUCUACUGCCAAGGUUUUCAAAGAGAAUAGGUAAUGAUGAUCUUGAUGACUUGGUGAGGACAUCACUCAAGCUACCAAAGGUUUUGUUACUUACCACAAGAAAGAACACCCCAGCAAUUUGGCGAGCUCUUAGUGGAUUAUAUCAUGAUCGAGUCCUUUUCUAUGAUGCAGAGGUUUCUGAUCAAUCACAUCAUAUUGCUAAAAUAUUUGGAGUCCAGACAAUCCCAGCUAUGAUUGGUAUUCUGUCUAAUGGUGAAGUAGCUAUUAUGAGCAGUGGAAGUGGCUUUGAACAGUCAGGACCACAUAAAGUCGUAGAACUUGGGAAACUUAUUGAAAAUUUAGAAAAGAGAAAUUUGAAAGUUAGGCCUGCAAAAGAGAGCUCUCAAUCAAACGAAGGUGCAAAGGAACCUAUAUCUCUACUUACAAAGGAAACAUCAAAUGUUUUAUGUGGAACAGAUAUGCCCCUUUGUGUGAUUGGGGUGUUUAAGUCAUCCAAAGGAAGAGAGAAAGCCAAAGAACUUCUCACAGCAAUUUCACAAAAAACUCUGACAAGAGGGCAGCGGUUUGAGGUAAAAGAUGCAGUGUCCUAUUCUCUACUGGACGCAGCAAAACAAAAGACAUUUUUACGGGCCUUUGACAAAUCUGGCUUCAAGGACAUGGACGCCGUUUUGAUUGCCUACAAACCUCGUAAAGAAAGAUUUGCCCUAUACAAGGGCUCUCUAACCAUGGAGGAUACAGAAAGAUUUAUUGGGGAGGUAUUGAAUGGAGAUGUUCGAUUCACAAAAGUUCUUCAGAAGCCUAGAUUUUAGGAGCAGCAACUGACAGGCAUGAAAAUCUAAGUUAUAAUCACGUGAGACCCCCUUGUGUUUGUACUUUGUACCAUAUUUUACUUCCCUUCCAAAUUGUAGUCAUUAAAUAGUACAUUUUUUGUCCCAAAAAAAUGUCAUAAUGAUCUGCAUCGUUCAUUCCAAAUCCAUUUUUCUUCUUUGAAGUGUAAUUAUUAUACUUUUGUAAAUCAAAGGUGAAAUGAUGGUUGGCAUGUAAAUGGAGCAAGGGAAAUACCAUCGCUCCAUUAUUCCUGUGAAAAAAAGUUUCUAUGAUCUAGCUGUAUUCCCAAUCCCUCCUAAUAUGCAAAAUAUUAGUGUGGGAGUUUUAAAUUUUUUCUCUUUUGUAGUUUUAUAAAAUUUUGCCUUUAUUUAUCAAAAAUGCAAGGCUAUAAGAUGCCUUUGAAAAUUGCAUAUAACUAAAUAUGUUUUAUGA